AUGGCACUGCCUUUGCCAAUGUCGCGACAUGGUUCUUUACCCUCCUCGGCGACCAUGUGUGCAAGGGAGGCUGGAGAGCCACAUAUCAGCUUGACAGACUGGUUGCAAAGCAACCGCUUGCUGCGGCGCUUCUUCCUUCGGUUCAGCGACCCUUCUUGGGUAGAGGUGGCGAAGAACCUUUGCAUCCUUGGUGUGCUGUCUUUGCAGCACCUGGCGCCUGAGAAUGCAUGGUCUACUGAAGACCUUGCGGAGUUGGUGGAGCAUCUCCAACGUGUGGGAUGGCCGCAGGUGCCAGGCCAAAGCCAGGAGUGGUUACCUCCUUGGCAACGGAAGAGAAAGGUCUUCCCAAAACCUUCAGGAGACUGGCGCAGUGGGAGGUCCCAAUUGUCAUGUGGUGUUUAG